AUGCUUAAAGUAAGAAGACUGAUCGUCUAUUUGAUCAUCGGUUUCCUACUUUACGCAAUAAGACAGUGGUCUCAAUUUCCAACACAAAUGACUUCUAAAUUACCAGUGGUGAUCAUCGGUUCAGGUCUGGCUGGUUUGAGUACCGGCAAUCAACUUGCAACCAAGUACAAGAUUCCCAUUAUUUUGCUUGAUAAAGCUGCAUCGAUCGGUGGUAAUUCAAUCAAGGCAUCGAGUGGUAUCAAUGGUGCUUUCACUAAAACUCAAAAGAACUUGAAUGUUCAGGACUCUCCAGAGAAUUUUUACCAAGAUACAGUCGCAUCUGCCAAGGGUAGAGGUGUUGAGUCCUUAAUGAAUAAACUUACGGAGGAUUCUAGUGCUGCUAUUCAAUGGUUGCAACAGGAAUUCGGUUUGAAAUUGGAUCUUUUGGCGCAAUUAGGUGGCCACUCUGCUCCUAGGACCCACAGAUCUUCCGGAAAGCUACCACCAGGUUUUGAGAUUGUUCAAGGUUUGAAGAAGAACCUUGAGUCGAUCGCUGAGAAGGAUCCUACUCUUGUUAAAAUCCUUUUGAAUUCAAAAGUGGUUAAUAUAGCUCUGGAUUCUAACUCCAAAGUUUCUAGUAUUGACUACCUCGAUUCGGAAGGUAAUAAGAAUACAGUCAAGACAAACAAUGUCGUUUUCUGUUCAGGUGGGUUUGCAUUCUCAAAGGAAAUGUUGAAAGAAUACGCACCAGAAUUAGUUCAUUUACCAACCACAAAUGGUCAGCAGGCUACUGGCGAUGGUCAAAAGAUUUUGCAAAAAUUAGGUGCCGAUUUGAUUGACAUGAACCAAGUGCAAGUGCACCCAACGGGGUUCAUAGACCCCAAUGAUCGUAGCAGUCAAUGGAAAUUCCUUGCUGCGGAGGCAUUGAGAGGUUUAGGUGGUAUAUUGCUAAACCCCAUUAAUGGUAAGAGAUUUGUCGACGAAUUGCAAAGGAGAGAUUUCGUCACUGAGGCAAUUCAAUCUAAGUGUCCAAAGGAUGAGAACAGGGCAUAUCUUGUGAUGAGCGAAUAUGUUUACGAGAAUUACAAAAACAAUAUGGAUUUCUACAUCUUCAAGAAGCUGAUCAAGAAGGUAGGAAUCGAGAAAUUUGUCUCUGAAUACAAUGUGCCAAUUUCGGCAUCUGAGCUAGCAAACGAUUUGCAAGAAUACUCUACGGCAGCCAAUGACCAAUUUGGUCGUAAAUCUGUUCUAAACAGCUUUGGUGAGUCGGUCACUCCAAAGACAGAGAUUUACGUUGGUGAGAUUACUCCAGUGGUUCAUUUCACCAUGGGCGGAGCAAAGAUUAAUGACAAUUCUCAAGUUAUUGGUAAGGACAACAAGCCGUUGGCUGCUGGCUUGUACGCUGCAGGUGAAGUUUCUGGUGGAGUUCAUGGCUCCAACAGACUAGGUGGCUCCAGUCUUUUGGAGUGUGUUGUCUUUGGUAGAACUGCAGCCCACAGUAUCGCCAAGAACUACGCAUAA